AUGCCAUUUGGAUCGAAAAACGCAGGAGCAACCUACCAAAGGUUGAUGGACAGGGUAUUCUAUGAACAGAUUGGGAAGAAUCUAGAGGUUUACAUCGAUGAUAUGGUGAUUAAAACUGCAGAAGAAGGAGAGCACGAUAAGGAUCUGGCGGACAUUUUAGCAUCA